AGACUUUUCAGAUAACAUUAUAUUUUCCAUAUCAAAUGUUUGGGGGUGUGGUUACUAAUGGUGUAAAAAUAUAUUUUUUUUUAAUUCCUUAUCAACAAUGGAAUUUAUUUUAAGAAAAUAUAGAUAUUUUGAAGAAAGAAUAUUACAUAGUUUGAAAGAUAAUGGCAUAAAACAUCGGAUAAAAGCUAAUACUGGAUUAUGGCUUGGAACAUUAAUAGGUCUAAGUGCAAUUUUAACUCUAUUAAAAGAAGAUUCUAGUUAUUCUGAAAUUUGUCUCAUUGUGGGUCUUACAGGAAUUGGUCUUAUUAUUAGUUCUAUAUGUUUAUAUUUGAGAUUAUCAAGUGAAAAAAUAACAGUUAAAGAUUUUCAAGCUAUAUAUUUUUUACCAGCUAUAAUAACAUCCUUAUUAUAUCUUUUUGUUGCAAAUAAAGGACUAUUGAUGAGUGUCAUAUGGGGCUUAAGUGUUAGUAGUUUAGGAACUUGGGGCAUUCUUCAAUUGAUGUCUACAUUUCCUUAUUGUUUCACAAUCGGAGAAGCAACAGCAACUAUGCAUGGAUGUAUUUUGUUUAUGUCUGUAGUAACAAAUUUGCCCUUAAGAUAUCAUUUGCCACCAAUCCAUGAUAACGAUAUUGCAACAGUUUUUUUACAGGUUAUAAUGCUGUAUGUGAUAUCAGUAUGUUUAAUAUCUAAUUAUUUUCCAAUGUUUAAUUCGACUAAAAAUUUUUACAUAUUGGCUAUUAGUCUUUUAACAAUUGUUAUACCGUUAAUGUAUAUCUUAUUGGAUCAAAAUCCUUUGAUUUGGAUAUUUUACUUCUGUAAUAAAACAAAUAAGAUCAUCUUAAUUGGAUAUUGGAUUAUAUGUUUAUUAUUAGGUAUAACAGUUAUUACAUAUCAAGUAUUAAUAAAUCUUCAAGCAACAACUUCAACUAGAAAAAUGUUUCAUUUAUUAGCUGUACUUGUAUAUAUACCUGGUUUAAUAUAUGAACGUAUAUUAUUAUAUUUAGCUAGUGGUAUAAUAAUGGGAUUAUUUGUAUUUCUCGAGUUGAUAAGGUAUUUACAAAUACCACCUUUUGGGAAAAUAUUACAACAAGGAUUUUCUGUGUUUGCUGAUGAAAAAGAUAAUUUGAUUUCUUUAACACCUUUAUACUUAUUUUGCGGCUUAUCCUUUCCACUUUGGAUGCCUACCAAUAAUCUUUCAUUAUUAACUUUGCUCAGUGGUAUUUUAACAGUUGGCGUGGGUGAUACUGCUGCUAGUUUUAUUGGUAGUAAAUGGGGCUUUCACAAAUGGACCAAUUCCAAUAAAUCUUUUGAAGGAACAAUUGCUUGUUUUCUUACUCAAAUUGGAUUAAUAUGUCUUCUAACAUUUAUGGGUUAUAUAAAUAGUGGUUGGUUAUUUUUGCGAAGUUUAUUAUUAAGUAUUGCGCUGUCAUUUGUCGAAGCACAAACAAAUCAAGUUGAUAAUUUAGCAUUACCUUUGUUAAUGUAUGUAUGUUUAAUGAUUUAGAUAUUUUUUAAACAUAAAAUAGUAAAUAUCUUGAAAAUAAUAUAAAUAUUGAUUGUUUAA